CUGGCAGAUCCUGUCAAAUAGAAAGGAAGCUAGGUAAGAAAAAGAGUGAAAAUAUUCUGGUAGACUACCCUGUUUUCUUGAUCUUGUGGGCAGCUCUCCUUCUGUUUUACAUAAAAGCUUGAUACAAAAUCCAUUACAACAUUUAGCUCUGCUGUCAGUAGAGCUGAUGCCAUUGUAAUCAGAGUCUGUUCACUGAAAUCUCUGUAUGGGAGCAAUUCCUUUUUGGUGAGUUAUUAUUUUGGUGAUAUUCCGUUGCCUCUACCUGUUAUUUGCAAUUAUGCGAGUGGAUAAAAAACAGGUUCAGAAACUUGUGUUCCUACAGCAAGGAUAUUCAGUACUUCUAGCUUUCAAAGCAGGAUAUAUGAAACGUGUACCAGGAACGCUUUCUUUUUCCAGGCAGCAGGAGAGACAAAGCCAGUUAGCUUUCCUGGCAGCAAAGCUGACAAGCGUAGCUGAAUGUUCAAUUCAAGGCAGCACGAUUUCCUACCUGCUUUCUCAGGAGCCCCCAUGGCUGAAGGGCUGGACACCAGUGCCCGGUGUAGCAGCAGAGCCUGCGGAGCAGCCCGUCUCCCACCGCAUCGCCUGCUGCAGUGUUACCCCCACGUGUGGAAAGGCAUCAAAGAAUGAACUGUUGGAAAAAUACUACAAACAUGGAGGGAAAUUCCUUACCCUGCUUCCAGAUGGCACAGCGCAGUUAUUCUAUCCAUCUGGAAAUGUGGCAAUCACUGUUGUACGAGAGAAAGAAGGGCUUAUUUGUAUCGUACAGGAAGACAAGCUGAGUAACACCAAAAUACAAGCAGUAUUUAAAUCUGAUGACAGAAGUACUUGCUAUUACCCAAACAGAUCUGUGUAGUUAAACACGAGCAUUCAGGGAGGGCAGCAUUUGGACCAAGCAGACAGCAGGCUGAGAAGGUGGAUGUGGUCAAACAGUGUCAUGUCAUCAGGAACUCACGUCCCACUGAGCCCCAUCUUCAUCGCCCUGAACCGGCAUGCGGGGGUCAGGGUGCUGGGCCAGAACAGGACCAGUUUCCUUCCUUGCCAUGGGACAACAAGCAAAAUCAAUGUGGGAAUCAAAGUGCAGGUCGGUGACACUGGACAGCUGCCUCCCUCCAGCCGGCUCAGCGAAGAUGAGCUCCUGCUGCUUGCCUUCAGGGUGAGGAUUCUGCAGCUCUUCAACAGACUGCGUGGAUGCCUAAACUUUCCUUCUAAUGAGCAAUGGGACAAAAUUAAGCCUCCAGCGUACUUUAUCACACAGACUUUAAAGAUCUUACAGCUUUGCACAACUUCUGACAUAAGCCAUGAGCUAUGCAGCUCAGUCAGGGCAACAGUAAACGCUCCAGUCUGGCAGCACAUAUAGUGUGAAGGCAAAGCGAGGCAGAGGUGCUCCCUGACACCGCAGCACCUGCACAAAGUCAGCAAGGUUUUGCCUGCAGCCCUGCUGCGCGCCCACACUGAAGUGUAUCUUACCAUGGAGGCUUGGAGAGGGGCUUUGCUCAGGGCAGAGUAAAUCCACACUUGGGAUGUCGGUGCAUUGCUCCUGAGCAACCUCCCUUCUGCCUCCUGGCAGAAACCAGCCCAGGCUGACCAACCAGUCAUUUCAGCCCAUGGAAGCAGCACAAAGACAAAAGCAAACAGAGAGAGCACAGCUAAGUCACAGCCUGUGACAGGUGUACAAGGAGCAGGUGUUUGUUCAGAAGUUGCCCACACAGGCACUGCUCUACAAAACUGCAAAUCUGAGAGUUCAGUUCUGGCCUGUUAUGCCAUUGUAGUUCCAGUUUUCAGCAGGGUUAUGUCUGAUUUACACCAGCAUGAGAUGAGGCUUCAACACAGAUGUCUGCUGUGAACAGCUUAUGUGUAACGGCCCAUUUUUUACACUUGUGGCAGGAAACGUGAGACCCUUUUGUCCUUCCCUAGUCUGCACCCAGCUCACAGCAAGUCCAGCAGACCUGCCAUCUACCCUUCUGCUUAACAAGCCAAGAUCAACAAGCUUGAAUUCACCCCUCAGAUUUAUUAUUUAAUAUCCAUUUUGUACAGGUGAAAUCAAUCAAGGGUUCAAACAGGGUUUUUUUAGAUAAAGAGGUCUUUACACCUUCAGUUUUUAAAUCACAAAGUACCAUUGUGCAGGAAGGGAGAGCAAAAACCUGCAAUUUUAGCACUAGGACAGCACACGGGUAUCAGUACCUGCUGCUCCCCAGGGAUGCUGGUUGUUGGACCCUUCUACACAAAAGAAAGACAGAUUUAAUAAGACGAUUAAAGGAGGAGAAAACCCUUCCAGGAUUAUUGAAUACACGGAGAGCACAGGGGGCCCAGGAAGCCCCGUGCUGAGUAUUUCUGGAGGCUGGGACGGGAGAAAGGGUGAACGCGAAGCAGCAUACACUUGCCCCAGCAUCUGUCCCACUGGGCACCCCCAGACACAGGCUGCUAGGCUCAGGACACCUGUGAGCCAAAACUGCCCAGCUGGGCACCGAUUUCAGACUGGAACAAAUUAAAGCACCACCUGAUUAAAGCACCACAAACAGAGUCAGCAGUUGGUGUUUGGCAACUGGUUUUAGUAAGGCUGGCAGGUAUCACUGCCUUUAAUGACCGCCAAGGUUCUUUAUUUCCAUUUUAUUGUUCCAUUUUUCCCUCCGGAAGAGCUCUACGAAUGGCGGUAGUGGGGCUUGGCCCAGCCCAUAAAACCAAGCCUGCUCUGCACACCCUAAAACCCAGAGCAAUUACAGACACGACCAACGCUGCCCAGCCUGUGCCCCACAAUGGGAAAAGCUUCUGAUGCAUUUAAGAGAGAUCAGCAAAAGCUCUCGCACACCUAACUCCAAUGUAUCGAUAAGCAAUCUUGACAGAUGAAAGAGAAGGAACACUGGGAGCAGCAAGCAGACCGUGAACAAUUCAAUAGGCAAAGCAAAAGCUGUGCAAGCCAGCAAAGCAAAACAAAAAGUAGGGCGAUAUUGUGAACUGCUCAUGGAAAGUCUUAGCCUAGCAACACAUCUGUGCAUUUAUUUGUUUUCUAAUUUGUCUGAGGUGUAUAAUUAAUGAGAAACUGAAAAUCUAUCCACACUGGAAACUUUUGGUUAAUCUCUUUCAGCAGAGAAAGCACGAAUUACCUAAAAGAGAUAAUUUCAUCACAAAGCAGCUUUGAGGCCACUGUGUUUAAUGGCAGUGAUGAACAACACCUUUGUAACAACUGGCAUGGACUUUUCUCUCAGCUGGGUGGAGCGAGCUUUUCGUUACCCAAAACACUUCCUAGACCAGCCCCUAAAUCCUCAGGGAGGGUGAAAGAAUUCUUACACACCAUGACAGUUGCCUUCAUCACCACUCUCCAGAUUCCCUUCUCACCUGAUUUACUGUCCCAAGAGAGGUAAUCUCCCUUCCCACCCAGAGAAGAUAUUGAUAAGACAGAUCCAGGAAAUACUUCAGCUGCUUUUACAAGAGGCAUGAAACCCUGCAGCCCAGAGCAGGGACGAGCAGGAGGCAGACACUGCCGAGACCAAGCUGGAGCACGCCGCAGCCGAGACAUACAGUGGUGUGGAGGAACUGCAGAGCGGAGGCUGCAGCCUACAGCUCACACUGACCCGGGAAGCCAACCUGAGCAAAAUUCCCAGGCCCUGCAGCAGAGUUGCCUUUGAAACUUGGUUUUAGCCCAGUGAGCUUCCCCGGUUCAACAGCACCUGAACUUUGGUCGUGGCCGAGUUUUGGUAGGUGCACAAAACUAAACCACAAAGCUCCUUCCAAAACACAGAGGCAUCACGUCGUGGUUUCACCCCAGAGGGCAGCCCAGCCCCUACGGCCACUCUCUUGCUCCCCUUGGCUGGGAUGGGGGAGAGAAUCUGGGGGUGAAAGUGAGAAAACUCAUGGGUUGGGAUGAAGACAGUUCAACAGGUAAAUCAAAAGCCACAUGCACAAACAAAGCAAAGCAAGGAAUUCAAUCACCAUUCCCAUGGGCAGGCAGGUGCUCAGCCAUCCCCAAGAAAGCCACGCUCCAACACUUUUAGGAAGACAAACACCAUUACUCCCAGCAUCCCCCCCUUUCCUUCUCCCCCCAGCUUCAUAUACUGAGCAUGACACCAUGUGGCAUGGAAUAUCCCACGGGUCAGUCAGGGUCAGCUGUCUCGUGCUCCCCCCAGCCUGCUCGCUGGCAGGGCAGGAUGAGGAACAGAACAGCCCCCAACACCGUGCCAGCACUUCUCAGUUGACAACCAACACAUCCCGCUACCAAUAGUUUUUGGCGCAAAUCCAAAACACAGCCCCAUACCCGCUACUAUAAAGAAAACGAACUCUACCCCAUCCCAAACGAGCACACUUAGACAAGACAAGCGCCAGAUUAAUGACUUUGGAAAGCAGGCUUUUUAUGCAUGUUUUUCAGUUGCAAUUUUAAGAAUAUCCAUCAGUGACUCAAACAAGGUACUUCACACAGUAAAUGAGAACUCUUUAUUUAAAUUAACUUUCUUGGUUUCUAUUUAGGACAGUAGAAAGGCCCAGCUUUUCAUCUCUUCAGAAUGGUCAAGAAGAAAACAUCUUCAGCUGGCCAACACAAUUUAAAACAGCAACUGACCUUAAUUUUUACUGAACUCACAAAAUGAUGUAACUACCCUGCAUAUAAUUUUGUUUAUAUAAUUUAGUAUAUAAUGCACUGUUCAACUCUGCCAUAUAUUUUGAAAAAUAUACAAACCUGCUUUAACCACAUUAGAGAUAUUUGACAGCUGUCAAUUACUUAGCAGUUUAGGACAAUAUCAGACACUCCUAGAACUUCAUUUUAAACUACAAAAAGAACAUAAA